AUGUCUGUCGUAGGGUUGGAUUUGGGUAACUUGCAAUCGGUUAUUGCUGUUGCCCGAAAUCGCGGCAUUGAUGUUAUAUGUAAUGAAGUAUCUAAUCGUGCGACACCUUCCCUGGUUUCCUUUGGUCCCAAGCAAAGAUAUCUAGGAGAGGCUGCGAAAACUCAGGAAAUUUCCAACUUCAAAAAUACCGUUGGAUCAUUGAAAAGACUGGUAGGGCGUAUGUUCCAGGAUAGAGAAAUCCAGGAAAUAGAGAAAGAGUACAUCAAUGCCGAGCUAGUGGAUGAGAAAGGACAAAUCGGUGUUAAGGUACAAUACCUUGGUGAAACACGUGUUUUUACUAGCACCCAGUUGCUUGCCAUGUAUUUCACCAAACUUAAGGAGAUCACAUCAGUUGAGUUAAAGAUCCCAGUCUCGGAUGUGGUAAUCUCUGUGCCUGGAUGGUUCACCGAUUUUCAACGUCGCA